AUGUUUUUCUCACUCCCCACACUGACGGUGCUUGUCCCUCUGCUGUCACUGGCUGGUAUUUUGUAUUCUGCCUCUGUAGAAGAGGACUUUCCCAAGGGGUGCACCAGCACAGCCAGUGUUUGUUUCUACAGCCUCCUGCUUCCAAUCACUUUGCCUGUGUAUGUGUUUUUUCAUCUGUGGACAUGGAUGGGACUUAAGCUGUUUAGGCACAAUUAA